GUUUAUAUGAAAGUACAAAAUAUAUUGUGGUCUACAUUUAUACAAGUUUUAUAUACAAAUUGUCUUGAAGUUUACAUGAACAUAUGACAAACAGAUAGGCCAAAUCAAACACAAUGAAUGCAGUCAUAUAUACCGAGCUGAUACUGAUUCUGUUCAGCAGUAAUUUUCUAUAUAUCAACAAUGCUACACUGUGGAACUAUCAAUUGAAUUUCACCUGUGAAAAGUACUACAAGAAAGGAGAACUUGAAAUUGACUGUUCACAUAAAAAUCUUACACAUAUUCCUGAUUUACCAUUGGACACAGUCUAUCUCAAUUUACAACAUAACCUCAUAAUCCGAAUACCAAACGGAACUUUCGUACACAUGACUUAUCUAAAGGUACUGGACUUAUCAUUCAACAGGCUUACAUCGAUGAAUGACAAAACAUUCAAUGGACUUGGAAACCUGAAGAAUCUAAAAUUGAAUAAUAACAAGAUGACAGAAAUGGCAAAUAAAACCUUUCAAUAUAUGACCUGUCUUACUAAUCUGGAUCUAUCGUUCAACACACUGGUGAGAAUAAGUUUAAAAACAUUCGUAGGACUUCAAAAUCUGCAAAAUCUUCAUCUGAAUGACAAUAAACUACAAUACAACAUAUCAACAUUUCCAACAGGAAGUUUUAAACAUUUUGAAUCGCUCAAAAGGCUUUCUAUUCAAGACAACAAUUUUUCGCCCAAAAUAUUUAAUAGUAUAAUUUUUCCAGAUAAAACAAUUUCUGAUUUAACAAUGCUUGAAACUUUAGAACUGGAUGUUAGCACUGGUUUCGGUGAUAAAGCAGUCCUUGGGAAUGGGUUCUCCUACCUCAAACACCUUUAUUCACUCAAUGCUUGCAACUGUCAAACAUUUAUUCUAGAAAGUGACACGUUCAAGAACACACCAAAUUUAGAACAGGUAUAUUUCAACCAUUGUUUGCUUCAAGUAUACGGACACAAACAUGAAGAAUUUUCGAAAUUAAUGAAGCUGAAAGUAUUACAACUAAAUGAAUGGCUUUCGUAUAGUCCAGAUUUGGAUGAACAUGAACUGCUUGCUUUAAUUUUUGGUUUGUCAAAUACAACCAUUGAAAUACUGAAAAUGCAUUAUCUUUUCAAUUCAUUUCACUCAGUCUCUCUUUCAAACAUACUGAAUAAUAUAAGUGUUGUAUUGAAUAAAACACCUAUUCAAGAACUGCAUUUUACAAAUAAUUUAAAUGUACACUUUAAUGAAUUGGAUAUGCCUGUAAAAGUGCCACCAAGCCUUAAAACUCUUAAUAUUAGUGAUAAUUCUUUGGAGGCCUUAAAACUUGACAUUAAACAAGUAACAUCCUUAAAUCUAGAAGAUAACAGACUAGGAAAUUAUUUAGCAAAUAAUAGCCUUUUGAUACAAGAUAGUAAACUGGAGUAUAUAGAUCUGUCAAACAACUCUAUUCACAAACUUCAUACUACAAUUUUCAUAGGACAAAAGUACCUCAGAAUUAUUGAUUUAAGAUCUAAUUUUCUGACCGAUAGUAACUUCGAGAUGAGUUCUCUGGAAAAUUUACACAUUUUAGAUCUCAAAAACAAUAAAAUAAAAUAUUUGAGUGACCAAUCAAGAAUGGAGCUAGACAAAGUUUUUAAGAACAAUGGAAAUGCUAAAAUAGACUUCAGUAAUAACCUUCUUCAAUGUAGCUGUUUUACCUUGCCUUUUUUGAACUGGAUGAGACUAAGUCAGAAACAUUUUAUCAAUUACAAACAGUUCAGAUGUACAUUUGAAAAUGGAAGUUUUUCAAAGCCGAAUUCUUUUGAAGAAGUAUUACUUAAUCUACAGAGAGAUUGUACAAAUCAUUUGUAUUUGAUAAUAAGCGUUUCAUUUUCUGUUUUGGCUUUAAUAGCAGUAUUAUCAGCAGCAGUUAUUUAUAGACACAGAUGGAAACUGCGUUACUUAUUUUACACAGCAAAAUUAAAGUAUACAUCUCACAGGAACAUGGAAGAAAAUUUGAACGUAUAUGUUAACGAUGCUUUUAUAUCUUACUCUGAAAAUGAUUGUAAAUUUGUCAUUGAAGAAUGCAUCAAACAUCUUGAAGAAAACGGAAAUAUGAAAUUAUGCAUACAUCAGCGAGAUUUCAUACCAGGGGAAGAGAUAACACAAAAUAUCAUCAGUGCUAUUCAAAACAGCCGGAAAACUAUAUGUAUUAUCAGCCGAUCUUUUCUUGAAUCUUAUUACUGUAUGUUUGAAUUCAACAUGGCAAGAAUGGAAAGUAUUCAUUCAAGGAAUGGAAAAAAUGUGUUAUUUCUUGUUUUUUAUGAGAGGUUGCUACCAGAAGAGUUACCUCUAGUUUUAUAUGACCUAAUACAGAAACAGUCCUACAUUGAAUACCCCAAUGAUGAGCACGGCAAUGUCAUUUUCUGGGACAAAAUUAAAGAUGCAAUACAUACAUGAUUAGACAAAAAUACUUUUGUAUAUGAGCAAACAGGACUCUUUAGAACAUAGUGUAAAGACACACCUAUAUUGAGCUCUUGAUGUAUGUUUGAUUCUUCAAAUUGGGUUGCAGUUAGUGAUUUGUUUUUUUCUCAUUUAAUAAUUCAUUUCAAAUUAAUCUUAUGUACAUAGAUAAGGAAACAUUUACCUAUAAUACAAUAAAAU